AUGCAACAUCCGGAAAGCAACGCCCAUUCAACUGCGGUAGUCGCUAUGAGCGGAGAAGCUUUCAAACUCGGAACGGAUAUCAAUCAUCGUAUCAACUGA